AUGGCGAGGCACAUUCGGAUUCUUUUGACAGAUGAUUCUAGUCUUUGGUCUUCUUGGAUCAAAGUUAAUUUCUUGAGAGAUAAAAGCUUUUGGAUGGUGUCUACACCCCAAAUUUGCUCCUGGAAUUGGAGGAAGUUGUUGAAGAUUCGUGAUUUUAUUCGUCCUUCUAUUAAGCAUAUUAUUGGUGAUGGAAAGUCUACUUAUUUUUGGCAUGAUUAUUGGCACCCUUUUGGCCCUUUGCUGCCUAGGUUGGGGCCUGGUGCUAUGAUUAAUUCUGGUAUUCCUUCCAAUGCCUUGGUUAGUUCUAUUGUGAAGGGUGAGUCUUGGUGUUGGCCUCUUUCUACUAAUUCUGCCAUUCUUAGAGUUGCAAGUAAUGUAGAAGGUCUUAUUCCAAAUUCAAGUUGCAAGGAUUCUUGUAUUUGGUUACCUUCUACUUCUGGAAUUUUCUCUACAGCUUCUACGAUGGAUCAGAUUUGGAUUCAUCAUCCUGUUGUUGAUUGGGCAAAGAUUGUGUUGCUAGAAAGUGGAGCUUAG